GGGCGCCGAUGCUGCGGCGAGAAGGUUCGUGCCUGCGCUCUGCCCAAAAGGAAGCUCCGCGCGGGACCUGGACCUUGCCGACCUAGCUUUGGCUGAGGUCUCAGUCCUGUAGCGACUGGGUUUUUCGCGUGAGGGGUUCUUGAGCCGAGAACCAUGAAUCGUAGCCGCCAGGUGACGUGCGUGUCCUGGGUCCGCUGCGGCGUGGCCAAAGAGACCCCAGACAAGGUAGAGCUAAGUAAAGAAGAAGUAAAACGUCUCAUCACUGAAGCAAAGGAAAAAUUACAAGAAGAAGGUGGCAGUGAUGAAGAGGAGACAGGUGAUCCUUCAGAAGUCGGCAUGCAGAGUGCACGCACCCAGGCACGGCCCAGGGAGCCCCUGGAUGAUGGUGACCCAGAGGACAACAGGACGCUGGAUGAUGAUGAGCUGGCGGAGUACGACUUAGACAAAUACGACGACGAUGGCGACCCAGAUGCUGAGACUCUUGGUGAAUCUCUUUUGGGUCUUACAGUCUAUGGGAGUAAUGAUCAGGACCCUUAUGUUACGCUGAAAGAUACGGAACAAUAUGAACGUGAGGAUUUCUUGAUUAAGCCCAAUGAUAAUCUCAUAGUUUGCGGUAGAGCUGAACAGGACCAGUGCAAUUUAGAGGUGCAUGUUUAUAAUCAAGAAGAAGACUCUUUUUAUGUACACCAUGAUAUACUCUUGUCUGCAUAUCCUCUGAGCGUGGAAUGGCUGAAUUUUGAUCCUAGCCCAGAUGAUUCUACUGGAAACUAUAUUGCUGUGGGAAACAUGACCCCCGUUAUUGAAGUAUGGGACCUUGAUAUAGUGGACUCUUUAGAACCAGUCUUCACACUUGGAAGUAAGCUAUCAAAAAAGAAGAAAAAGAAAGGAAAAAAGAGUUCCUCAGCAGAAGCGCAUACCGAUGCUGUCCUUGACCUGUCCUGGAAUAAGCUCAUCAGAAAUGUGCUGGCAAGUGCAUCUGCUGACAACACUGUAAUUCUCUGGGAUAUGUCCUUGGGGAAACCAGCAGCUAGCCUCGCUGUACAUACAGACAAGGUCCAGACUCUGCAAUUUCAUCCAUUUGAAGCACAGACCCUGAUUUCUGGAUCAUAUGAUAAGUCAGUGGCUUUGUAUGACUGCCGAAGUCCAGAUGAAAGCCGUCGAAUGUGGCGAUUCAGUGGCCAGAUUGAGAGAGUGACUUGGAAUCACUUUUCGCCUUGUCAUUUUUUGGCCAGUACAGAUGAUGGCUUUGUAUAUAAUUUGGAUGCACGUUCAGAUAAGCCUAUUUUUACACUUAAUGCACACAAUGAUGAAAUCUCUGGUCUUGAUCUAAGCAGUCAAAUCAAGGGCUGUCUUGUGACUGCUUCAGCAGACAAAUACGUGAAGAUUUGGGACAUAUUAGGAGAUAGGCCAAGUCUGGUUCACUCUAGGGACAUGAAAAUGUAAAUGAAGCAUUUGGAAGACGAGAGAGACUUGUUCUCGGCAAUACAAGAAGCUCAUCUAUUAGUGGCCCUUUUGGGAGCAGGAGCUCAGACACACCGAUGGAGUCAUAAUGAAGAUAACACAAUUUCCUGUUUUGUGUACCUUAACUCAGAGUUUUAAAAAGCUGGCCUAAAAAUUUUCCAUGUUUAGCUACAGCUGUGCAGAGUGACCAUGAAACAGAAUCCAUUUCCUACUAGCCCUAGCAAGGACAAUGGCACCCAAACAGAUUGAGCCAGUCUUUGUGUUUGCCUUUAAAACAUAUGGUGUAUAGGGCUCCUUUUGAAUUGGAAAAGGAUAAUAAAAAGGUUUUUAAACAAUAAUUCCUUAAAUAUGCCAUCUGUCACAGGCAACGUAGGUUUGUAAAAUAGAUAGCAAUUUAUAGUAUUUGAAAAGGAGAAAAUCCUCUAAGAGUUUGGUGAUGAAUUAAAAAUGAUAUGCCGUUCUUUUCUUUGCAUGACAUUGUUAUCAAAGAGAAGUGGCAAACCGUUCAUUCCGUCAGUCACGAACAUUGAAUGCUUCUUCUGUGCCUAGUGCUUAGAUAGGUGCCGAUUCAGUGUGAGUAAGAAAAGUCUUUGCUCUUGGCCUACUGGGGGAAAAAUCCCAAGUAUAGAUUAAAUCUUCAUAUUAACUGUGUAUUUUAGCAGACAGUGGACAUUAGUUUGAUUUAUGAGAGCAAACACCAACUUCAUCCAGUGGAAGAGCUAUCAAUUCAGGAACCAGACUACUUCCUGUGUAGUGCCUUCAGUCAUUUCAUUGUGAAUGCUGGGGAAUGUCAGUCCAAAUCAGACACUGGUAUAAAGCUGCAGCAGCUUGGAUUCCCCAGAAUCUCUGUGUAGAAAAAACAGCAGAUUGAAGAGUGGAGUAGCUAUUUGUUUUUGAUUUGGCUUUUAAUUAGAUAUCAGAACAAGCUCAAAUCACUAAAAAUUAGUGAUAGCUAGAGGGAAAAUUCUGAUAGAAAAUCAGUGUAGUUAAUUUUCUCUCAAAUUUAGUGCAGUUAAUUUUCUCUCAAAUUUAGUGCUGUUGAAAAAUAGCUCUACAAAAUGCAUCUUUUCUGGCCUUCCAGCUUUAAGGACUCAGUUACGUAUAAAAAGUAAAGAACUUUCACUGUUUUAAUGUAGAUACAUGGAUCGGCCUAAACAUAUGUAAAAUAAACAAGAAUUCAUAUUUAGUACAUACCAAAACUUUAAAAUGGUAAAAUAGGGUUGACACUUCUAUUUCCAGCUUGAAAGUACUAGGUCUGAUGAGUGCUGAGCAGAAGGUCCGUUCAGAGCCAGGAGCACGUGCCUUGAAGCUAUUGGCUAAAGUGAAUCUGGGCACUGGGACCAGAAGAAUGCUGGCUUGAGCAUACAGUUACUGCUGCAACCCAACACAAGCAGUGGGGUCCCCUACCCUUCCUAUCAGAUGAAUGUACUGUUCUUAAGUGUGGACAGAUCUGAGCCCAAAUAUUUGUGGCCUAGAGGGAGUGCCUGUCUGGCAUGGAAAGUAGAGGAACAAGAUGCAGCAUAAUUUUUAUCACUGACAGUUUAAUUAGUGAUAGGUGUUUUCACCAGGUAGCACUUGGAAAUGCUAUGAGUCGAUCAUGUCUGCCGGAGUGAAAAACUGAUAACUUUUUUAAAAGUGUACCCAGGCGUAAGUAAGCUUCAGCCAAUUAUAUCCUGGUAUUCAAAUCCACUGAGACCAACUGUUUUAUAAAGCAGAAUGUCAACUUAUAUAUGGGGUGGGUUAGGGAGCAUUAUACAGUUGUAACAUUACCUCAGUUUUUCAGGACAACUCCAACUACAUUUACUGAAGUUCUUUUCAAUAAAAGUGGUAUGUUAAAUGCUGCUACUUUUUUUUUUUAGUCUUUUUCACGACAAACUAAUAGAGCAGGAAAAAAAAUACUAUCAGAACAGGCAUCCAGAUUUAAGUACUUCUUAUACUAUACUUCCAUUUCUAGCCGUAAUAGAUUAGCUUGUACUAACUCUGCCAAUGAAAACAAAAGCUGAACAAAAUGCAUGCAACCUCUAUUUGAAGUCACUGGAGAACUUCCUUGGCAGCAUGGGCAAAGACCGUGGAAGAAAGAAGGUGCGGAAGUGACCCUUAACACUAUGCUCAUCUUCCUGUCAGGCAUCUGCCAGUAUUUACGUUGUGCAAGGUGAAGAAAAACUAAGAGAGCAGCUGAAAGGUGCAGCAGAGCAUCCAGCAGUCUCAAUACUGCCAAACAAAAUUGAACUUAAGGACCUCAAGGAGGUGGGGCCUCUAAAAACACCCCUGGCUCUCCACUGGGACCCCUGAAAGUCUAUAACCUAGAAGUGGAGGUGAUUCCGAGGUAGCGCCACCUUUAUACCCAGCAUUGCAUAAGCUCAGUUCUUGACUGGAUCGAGGUGUCCCUGAUCCAGCUGUCUGCCAGAGGGUAAGGUGAAUCCUCUCUGAAAGAGGGUAAUUUUAUCCACAGCUUCUACAGUUUUUCCUACAUAAUCUCCACCAUUUCAUCAAAAAUACCAUGUACACUAAGAAAUAGGACCAAGAAGAACAGACCCACAAGGAAUGCACAUACUGGACUUAUAUUGGAUGUGGACUUUAAAACAGCCAGGAUUAAUACUGUAUAUCCAAGGAAAGCAAAAACUGGAAAACAAUUGGGAUCUAUGAAGUAUCAAAUGGGAAUGCAAACUGAAAGAUUAAAUAGCCGAAAUUGACAAUUUUAUAUAUAAGAUUAAUGGUAAGUUGGUCAAAGCUGAAGAAAGAUUAGUGAACUUGAUGGUAGGUGAAUAAAAAAUGUCCAGCCUGAAGUGCAAAGGAGGAAAAAAAAGUUUUUAAAAAAGUAUAAGAUACAUAUUAAGCAUGAUGUAAAACUCUUACAUACAUAUAAUUGAUUCCAGAAUGGAAUGAGAGCAAUAUUCGAAGAGAUAAUGGCUAAGAAUUUUUCCAAAACUGAUAAGACAUCAAACCAAUAAGCACGUGAAACAUGGCAGAGAUUAGGGAAACACAAAACUACAAUGAGAUGCCUCCUCUAGAGAAUGGCUGUAAUCAAAAGAACCACAUAAGUGUUGGUGAGGCUGUGGAGAAGCUGGCAGUCUUCAUGCAUUGCUGGUAAGAAUGUAAAAUGGUGCAGCCACUUGGGAAAGUUUGGCAGGGUCUUAAAAAGUUAAAUGUAAAUUUACCAUAUGAACCAGCAAUUCCACUCCUAGCUAUAUGCCCAAGAGAAAUGAAAACGUCCACACAAAGGACUGUAUACAAAUAUGCAUAAGCAGCAUUAUUCAUAACAUCCAAAAAUUGGAAACAAUCCCACAAUGACAUCUAGCACCAACUACCCAGAAUUACAUCAGACGUCCCAGGUUAAAGGCACAGCCCUCUACAAGACUGCCCUCACUUCAGAAACCAGCUACAAACUCAAGGAUCCUCAGGCCACCUGGCUACAAUUUCAGGAGUUGUUUAACUAUACCGUCAGGUUCAUUAAGUAGCUAGAACACCUUAAAAUUCAGGAAAGCUCUAUACUUAAAAUCAGUUUUACUGUAGUAAAAUGAUACAAAUCAGAACCAGCCAAAGGGAGGUUAAAGUCUAGAAGAGUUGAAAAUGCCUAACUUCUUAUAUUCUCUCCCCAUAGAGCCAGGACGUACUAUCCUCCUGGCCCGUUGAUGUGUGAGAAUGUGCAGAAUAUUGCAAACGAGGGAAGCUCACCGGACCUUUGGUGUCAAGUUUUUAUUGGGGUUUCAUUACAUAAGCAUGAUUGCUUGAAUCAUCACCUAUGUGGCUGAACUCAAUCUUUUGCCCCCCUCCCUCCCUGGACGUUUGACUGAUAGAUAUCAAGUGGCUCAAAGCCUCAACCCUCUAAGCACAUUGUUGGUCUUUUUGCUAAGAUGAUCUGUGUGGCCAGGCCCCACCCUGAGUCAUCUCCUUAAUAUAAACUAU